AUGAAGCUGCUUUUUUAUGCGUGAAUUACUGUGUCUUGGGUACCCUGUGUUGACUGGGUACCCUGUGCUCUACAUUUUAUCAAAGGCCAGGUCGCUCGGUUAAACGUGAGUAAAUCGAAAACUCCGGAAAAUAAACGAAAACUAUACGUUUUCAAAACCCAAAUUCCCGAGUUAUGUCUGAAAGUGAUAGCGAUGGCGAUGUUGGGUCUCGUGUUCGAAGCGUUGUUCAGAAACCAAAAGAGUCCAUGAAGAAACAUCACUCAAGAUCACGGUCAAGAUCACCUUUGAGAAAAGAGAGAAGAGAAGAGAAUCAGAAGACCAAUGAGAGAGAUUAUGACAGGAGAAGAGAAAGAAGAGAGGAUAAAGAGAAUCAGCAUAGAAAUGAGUACAACGAGGGGCGAAGAAGGCGUAGGAUGGAGCGUGAUGACAAUGAUGUGCGUGAGACAAGGCGCAACUAUCGGACAGAGGACCGCCCUGAUGUCAAUCUUGACUCUGGUCGGCAAAAAAGGACUGAUAAACGUCAACGAAGGGGCUCUAAUUCAAGUGAGGAUGAAGAAAGACAAAAAAGAAUACCCGAUGACUCAAAGGAAAAGAUUGAGGAGCGAAAUGAAGAUAAGGCCACUGAGGGGAAAGAGGAAGAGAAGAAAGAUAACUUGGCCCCCCUGCAAACCCGAACAGGAGGUGCAUAUAUCCCGCCUGCUAAACUUAGAAUGAUGCAACAGAGUAUUACUGACAAAAGCAGUGAGGCAUACCAACGAUUAAGUUGGGAGGCUUUGAAAAAAAGUAUAAAUGGUCUUAUUAAUAAGGUGAACAUUUCCAAUAUUGGACAUAUUGUCAGGGAAUUGUUUCAAGAAAAUAUUGUUAGAGGAAGGGGUGUUCUCGCUCAGUCUGUUAUUCGUGCUCAGGCCGCAUCACCCACCUUCACACAUGUGUAUGCUGCCCUGGUAUCCAUUAUCAAUACCAAGUUCCCAAAAAAUGGAGAGUUGAUCCUGAGACGUCUCAUCUUGCAGUUCCGCCGAGCUUAUAGGAGAAAUGACAAAACUGUAUGCUUGACUACUAGCCGAUUUGUAGCACACUUGGUAAACCAGCAAGUGGCUCAUGAAAUCUUGGCACUAGAGAUAUUGACCUUGCUGCUCCACAAACCCACAGAUGACAGUGUGGAAGUUGCUAUUGGGUUUCUAAAAGAAUGUGGUAUGAAAUUGACAGAGGUGUCUCCAAGAGGGGUACAUGCUGUGUUUGAGCGUCUGCGCAGCAUCCUUCAUAGCGGUGAGAUAGAGAGACGAGUCGAGUACAUGAUUGAGGUCAUGUUUGCCGUCAGGAAAGAUGGAUUCAAGGACCAUGUGACCAUCCCAGAGGGGCUUGACCUUGUAGAGGAGGAAGACCAGAUCACCCAUCUACUGAGACUUGAGGAAGCGGGGAAUGCCGAGGAGAUACUUAAUAUAUUUAAGUUUGAUGAGAACUUUCUUGAAAACGAAGAGAAGUACAAGGAAAUCAAACAAGAAAUUCUUGGAGAAGAUGAUUCAGAUGAAUCAUCAGAGGAUGAUGACGAUGAUGAAGAUGUUAGUGAAGAGGAGGGAGAAGGAAGUCAGGAAAAAGAGGACAGCGAGAUGGACAUUAUUGACCAGACAGAGACAAACCUUGUUGCCUUACGCCGAACCAUCUACCUCACAAUACAAUCCAGUCUUGACUAUGAGGAAUGUGCGCAUAAGCUAUUGAAGUUGCAGAUGAAACCGGAUCAGCUGAAUGAGUUUUGUGUCAUGAUAAUCGAUUGCUGUGCCCAGCAAAGAUCCUACGAGAAGUUCUUUGGCCUUCUUGCCCAGAGGUUUUGUAAUCUGAAGAAAGAAUACAUUGACGAGUAUGUUCGGCUUUUCCAAGAGCAGUACGGUACCAUACACAGGCUGGAGACCAACAAGCUAAGGAAUGUCGCCAAGUUCUUUGCACACUUGCUCUACACAGACGCCAUCCCAUGGACUGCGCUGGAUUGUAUCAAGUUGAACGAAGAAGACACUACUUCGUCAAGCCGUGUGUUUAUCAAGAUCCUAUUCCAAGAACUGGCUGAGUACAUGGGAAUGCCGAAACUGAACGAGCGACUUAAAGACCCUUUCUUUACCAUGUACUUCGAGGGUAUCUUUCCACGCGACAACCCACGGAACACGCGAUUCUCCAUCAAUUUCUUUACUUCUAUUGGCUUAGGCGGAGUGACGGAUGAGCUCCGUGAACACCUCAAGAACGCCCCCAAAGUCAUCAUGGCCCAGAAACGCGCCGAGUCAAGCGAUUCGGACAGUGACUCGGACAGCGAUUCGGACAGCUCUAGCGAAGAGGAGAGUUCGAGUGAAUCUGAGGACUCGGAGGAAGAGAGGAGAAGGAGCCGGAAGAAACAGAAGAGUCGAAGUCACCGGGAGAGGCCUUCUCCGAGGAAGUCUCGCAAAAAAGCUAAGAGCAGCCACAAACACCGAAGGUGAAGGACCGAAGGCAUAGCCACGGCCACACAGUGAAAUACAGUCGAGUUCACACAUGGGCAGAACGCAGAGCAACGGUCACACAGAGUGAGAUAAAGUCGAGUUCACACAUGGGCAGAACGCAGAGCAACGGUCACACAGAGUGAGAUGAAGUCGAGUUCACACAAAGGCAGAUUGUAAAGCCAAAGUCUUACAGAGGGUCGCGUUAUGUUUAUUUUUGCGAUGAAUUUGGGAUGCACGAAAAUGAAGACAGACGUUUACUAUAUCGUAAAGAACUAUAAACCGGACUUUUCUCGGAAAUACUGAGAACACACGCCCUGUGUGGUGCCGUCAUCUUCGGCACUCGAUGUUCCAAGAAAUCUCUUCUACAGGGUUUUUUUGUACUCCUGAAUAACAAGCACUCAUGAUUGCGACAGUGGCACUGUAACAAGUCUUUGUAUAUAGAAUGUUCUCUUUUAUAUAAAUGUAUUUUACAUUAUGUGUUUCUUGAAAACUGUACUGGACAACUUUGUAACUAUGAAAUAAAAUCUGAUUAUGAGUCUCG